AUGGAUAGCCCCCUCUGCAGAGCAUGCAUGGAGGCAGAGGAGACAGCCGCCCAUGUCGUUAUCAAAUGCCAAGGGGUGGCAGAAUACCGGGCACAACACCUCGGCUCCACGGGGUCUCUCCCAGAAGUCAUCGGCAACGUCAGGGGUCUGCUAGGCUUCUUGGUAUUCCAGUCCGAGCAGAUCCAAUGGUUAGCCGCAGAUGACCUGCGACACGCUAUAGGCAUGACUAUGGGUCGUAUUUUCGAGUUGCAUCGACAACAGGUGGACAUGUACCGGCGCAUGAAGCGUAUAGUAGAGGGGCAGUUCACCUGGCUGCGUCCAGAGCUGGCGGGGGUCUUCCACCAACUGGGGCCCCAGAGCGGGGUCGCCGAACCGGCUGCGGGCUUCGAACAGUUCAAACCCAAUCAGUAUGACCAAAAAUGGGUGUCGAACGUUAAGCAAACUUACCAAGAUUAUAAGCCGCACAUUUAUAUUACGGCUUUGGAAUAUAUUACGAAGAAGCAGACUCAAAUCGAAAAUCUUGUAAAGUUACUAACGACUUACACGGCAGAGGAAGAGGUGGAUCGUUUCAAGCCGUACAAUCUACCCAUGGGACAGGACCAUUUGGCCGUGUGGAAGGGGUACCAGACCAAAAUCGCGUGUUAUUUCGUAGUCGACGUCUAA